CAGUUCUGAGGAGGGCUAACCCCCUCCUGGAAUUCUCGUUUGAUUGAUUGGUCAGCGACGCAGAUGACGCAAUUGGCUGCCAACCAGUUCAGGGUGGACCCUGCGGGAAUGGGCUCCAGCGCUCCCGAGACCCCGGUGAGGAUAAGCGGUCAAACUCGACGGAUUGAGCUUUUCCUGGCUCGUCAACGCCGUGACGUCACAAUGGAAGGUGUGGCCUCGUUCUCCGAGCAAACAGCUGCUCCAAAGCCGAACUGCAAAUAGCAACCGAGUCGAAAUGGUCGAGGCGGGCGUUCGUCGUGGUCCAGAUUCGACGAACCCGUCCGGUUCGGCCUCCGCGUUAGCGUUGCCGUUGAGAAGGACUGCAGGCCGGUUGGUCGCUUAUUAGCCUGCGGUGCUAAUCGGCCUCCGUGAGCUCAGCUCCGCUCCGCUCCGCUCGCUUUGUGGACAAACUGGCAUGCAAGGAAAGCUUGUGAAGACUCGCUCGUCUGGCUGCGCAUCACGGACACACGAGAGACAAAACGAUGGCCGUGUCGCUUGCCUUCAGCGUCUCUUGAACGAAAUGAUGGAGCGAAGUUCGUCGCGCUAACAAUAGCGAGCUGGAUAGCGCUUAGCAAAGGAGUGGAGCCUCUUUGUUUUCUCGGUAGCUUCGACUUCGCUAAGCUAACAUCUCCGUCGACUUGCUGCUAAGCUAAUUGUGCGCAUUUGUGACCUUGGACUCGUUAACAUGGACGCGCUCAUCUCAGAUGUCUUCUUGCUGCUCUUAGCAGGAUGUCUCGCUGCUGCCAAGAGGAACGAAAAUAUUUUGGUGUCCGGCUUAUCCAACGCGUGCGGGGACUCAGCCGAGUUCCUCCGAGCUCCCAGCGGGGUUAUCGCCAGUCCCGGUUGGCCUUUCCAGUACCCGGCCCGCCUCAACUGUAGCUGGAACAUCCGAGGCCGGCCCGGAGACACGGUCACCGUCAGCUUCCAGGACUUUGACCUGCAGGGAUCGCAUCGCUGCUCGUCGGAUUGGAUGUCCAUCAGCAGCUACAAGAAUCUGGAUGGUCUGCGAGUGUGCGGCUCGUCUCUGCCGCCUCCUUAUAUCUCGUCGCAGGACCACGUCUGGAUCCGCUUCCGUUCCGACGACGCCCUGACAGGAAAAGGUUUCCGACUGUCCUACGUCACAGGUAAGUCGAGUGUUUCCAGCUGUGACGUGGACCAGUUCCACUGCUCUAAUGGGAAGUGCAUCCCUGACUGGUGGCGUUGUAACUCCAUGGAUGAGUGCGGAGACAAUUCGGACGAAGAUUUGUGUGUGGACUCGCCGUUUUCCUUCCAGCCCUGCAGCCUUAACCAGUUCCCUUGCUUGUCCCGCUACACGAGAAUCUACACCUGUCUGCCUCACAGCCUACGCUGUGAUGGCAGCAUUGACUGCCAGGAUUUGGGAGACGAGAUUGACUGUGACGUCCCGACCUGCGGAGAGUGGUUAAGAAACUUCUAUGGCUCCUUUAGCUCUCCAAACUAUCCUGACUUCUACCCACCGGGAAGUAACUGCACCUGGGUGAUUGACACCGGAGACCAUAGGAAGGUCAUGUUGCGCUUCACAGAUUUCAAAUUGGACGGAACGGGUUACGGAGACUACGUGAAGGUGUACGACGGACUGGAGGAGAACCCUCACCGCCUUCUCAGGGUUCUGACUGCCUUCGACUCCAGAGCGCCACUGACCGUGGUGUCCUCGUCCGGACAGCUACGAGUCCAUUUCUACGCCGAUAAGAUCAAUGCCGCGAGAGGCUUCAACGUCACCUACCAGGUGGACGGCUUCUGCCUGCCCUGGGAGGUUCCUUGCGGGGGCAACUGGGGUUGUUACACUGAGCAGCAGCGUUGCGACGGCUACUGGCACUGCCCCAACGGCCGCGACGAGUUAAAUUGUUCUACCUGUCAGGAGGAUGAGUUUCCCUGUUCCAGGAACGGAGCCUGUUACCUUCGAUCGGACCGCUGCAACUACCAGAACCGCUGCCCCAACGGCUCAGAUGAGAAGAAUUGCUUCUUCUGCCAGCCUGGAAAUUUCCACUGCAAGAAUAACCGUUGCGUCUUUGAGUCGUGGGUGUGUGACGCUCAGGAUGACUGCGGUGACGGCAGCGACGAGGAAAGUUGUCCGGUGGUGGUUCCCACCAGGGUGAUCACAGCAGCCGUGAUUGGCAGCCUGGUCUGCGGCCUGUUGCUGGUCAUCGCGCUGGGGUGCACGUGUAAACUGUACUCGCUGCGCAUGUUUGAACGCAGGUCAUUCGAGACGCAGCUGUCCAGAGUGGAGGCGGAGCUACUGAGGAGGGAAGCCCCACCCUCCUACGGUCAGCUGAUUGCUCAGGGUUUGAUUCCGCCAGUGGAGGAUUUCCCAGUAUGCUCCGGGAGUCAGGCAUCAGUUCUGGAGAACCUGCGUCUGGCCGUGCGUUCUCAGCUAGGCUUCACCUCCCUUCGCCUCCCGUCUGCCGGUCGCCAUGGCAACCUGUGGCGCAGUCUCUUCAAUUUCUCAAGGUCUCGCCAGUCGGGGUCUUUGGCCCUGGUCUCUGCCGACCCGGAGGACAGCGGCGGUACUCCAAAUUCCACCUCAGACCUGCUGUCCCCAGACUCCGAUGACACAGACACCGAGGGCGACAGGGGGAGGGACCGUUUUGUCGGGGCGGUGGGCGGUCCUGUCGCCCCGCUGCGCCAGAAGACCCCGCCUGCCAUUUCAGUAGAAGCUGCGGUAUUGUCCUCUGCGACCCUCGUCAACCAGCCGGACGGCCUUAGCCGAAUCCAAAAUUGUCCCGACAAUGCUGCGUCCCCCGUGGGAACCGCCAACCCGGCCCUAGAACGUGACAGCGACCCGUCCCAACCGAGAGCCCCGCCGGCCUCCGCCCUGCGCCGUCUGACCCGGAAUCUGCACCGACUCGCCCGUAACCUCGUGACAACUGGUCGCAAUCAACAGAAUCAGACUUGGACCAACCACAGCCCACUACGCCAGCUGGAUACCGGCAGGGGUGGGCCGGAUUCUACGGAGCAGCGACCCAGCGGGGACGAAGAUGUGGAGCUUUUGAUCCCGGACUCUGACUCAUCCUCGUUGUUUAGUGACAUUCGCCAACCGCUCCUGGACCCGCCGGCCUCGCACCCGCCGUGCCCCUCGUCCACCGUGGCUCGGAUGGUGCAACGACAGGGUGCCAGCAGUGCACGGGGGGGCUGGGAUGGACCUUGCGAAAAAUGCGGUAAAGUUCACACAGCUCAGAUUCCCGAGACCUGUCUGGAGGUCGGAGGCAAGACAGAGAGCAGUGACGACGAGCUUCUGCAGCUAUGCUGAUGAACUAAACGCUAACCUGCUGGUUGACAGGCUAAACGUGCUGCUGUGAGCACGACUGCAUGCGUUCUACACCGUGGCAAGGCGCUCAGUCGCUAGGCACGUCAUGCUAACUUUGCUAGCAGCAGAGAUGGGAUCCGUUGAGUCCAUGUGUGACAUUGCAGACCCACAGGCCCAGUUCCUUUGUCCCAGACCGUGUGUUGAUCAGUUCUCGACAUUCCCUUCUUCUCAAUUGAAAACUGAUCCAUGAUCAGGUCACCUGGGAUUAAGUCUGUUCUUCUCCAGGGACCCUACGUUUAAGAACCACACUUUUCCCUGGACUGUGAAACAAAAUCCACGCAUUAGUGUGGAAAAACUGUUUUCAUCUCCCUACAUUGGACUGCACCACUUGAUGUGGUUAAGCAGAAAGACAAAGGUAGUGUUUUCAAAAAAAAAAAAAAAAAAGGUCCUUGAUGUCAUGGAAAUGGCCGAUAAGUAUUUUUUUAGUGUUCCUGGCUUUGGUACUUGCACUAUUUAUUCUUACUGUUAUUCUAAUUGCGUUCUUUGACCUGCAUGAUUGUUUGAUGUUUUCCUUAGAUUUUUGGAAACUGAAUUAUUAAACUUUUAAAUGCCUA